UAUUAUUUAUUUAUAACAGUGAGAAAAAUUAAUAGAAACAAACGCGCACCAAAUGCUGGUCUCUGCAUAUUCGUCGCAUUAAUUUCAUGAUUAACGCCGUUUUCCAUCCCUGCCACAACAUUGUGUUGCUGCUGAUCCAGUCUCUCGUUCAAUGAAUUGCUCGUCUCUUGAGUAAACCGAGGAUAAUGAUACUGAUACUGCUGAUCGUUCGUAUAAGUAUUUUGCUGCACAUUGUUUUGCUGUCCAAAAGUAUCCACGUUGCGGAAAUAACCUGUUCCCAUCUCCCCGUUAUGUUUGCCAAAAUUUUGCAGAUAAUAAAUAUCGUUAGGUUCAUUAACUAUCAUGUCUGUGCCGUAAUUAGGGUCCUGUGCGUCAAAGUUCAAGAAGUUUUGGCUGCCGUUGUAGGUGGUAUCAGUCUGAUAUUGAUAAGUUAAAUUGUUGUCUACGUUUGGGGUAGCCACGGCAGGAUCUGUAUUGUUAUAGUAGAUCGUGUGAUACACCUUGGAAGACUGGAGCUCGGUAUCAGGCACCUCCAUCACGCUGGUGAUCGUCCAGUUCUGAUAAGAAUUCGGCCGAUUGUCCACGUCGUUGGGAAACCUGUACUGAUCAUCGUUGGUCAUCGCGUUUGGAACUUGUUGAGACAUCAGAUUCGCUUCGUUUAACAAAAACUCGCUUCUAGUGUUUUUCAAUAAGCCAUAGUACUCAUUGGUAUUGGUCUCGAGCUGAUUCUCGUUCUCGUUGUUCUCCGAUUCGGCAGUCAGAGUGUCGGAAUUAUCCAACAGAUUGCUAGCCCAGAAGAGCGAGCUGGCGAUCUCGCCUAAAUUGGCACCCACUGGCGCCUGCAACAUUCUCUUCAGCAGAAAGGAGCCCUGCGAACUGCUCUCGGGCUCCUUCAAAAUCUCGUAGCUCGGCCUGUCGUUUGACGAGAUCGCCAAAGGAUCCAUGUGAUUCAUCAAAUUUGCUUUGGGAUAAUUCGACUCGUCGAGAGGAAUUGUUUGCAAAUUGGGCGGCAUCGGUGUGGUUCGCAAAUCCAUGAUACUCAAAUCUUGCACCUGGUUGUUGUUGUUGUCGCAAGCCUGAAACUCCCGUUGAAUUCUCUUGAGCAGGAACUGCUUGAAUUCCUCGUAAUGCGGGAUCUUGGUGUCGUCGUCCUUGCUCACGAUCUCCUCCUCGGCGCCGAUCUGCAAAAACGGGAAGCACUUUGUCCGAAGUCAAUCAUCACCGUUCAAUUUCUGUGUUGCGAAAAUGUAUGAUAAUAUAACGCAAAUUUGUUUUACUCUUUUGUAAAAGUCGAGAAUAUGAUUCGAGCCACGAUGUGAUCGAUUACAAUCAAGUGAAUGCGAUCGAAUUGCAAAUGGAAAUUUGUAGCAACUUACCCAUUGAUAAGGCGGCUGUUGCUGAGACUGCUGUUGCUGUUGUUGGCAAUAAUAGUCGUCAUCGGCCAUCAUAUAAUCUGGACUGUGCAACGGCGUCGAUGUUAUCCCGAGUCUGGAAUCUUUCGACUUCCUAGUCUUUCUCUUACGACUCUUCCUCAAUUCCUGCAGUAGUCGGCUGAACUCCGCCUCAUUUCCGCUUUUGGCGGCUUGGAGGACUUUGAUCAAUGCUUUCUUCUGCAAUGAAGGAUCUUGAUGAAGUGAAAAUAUCGAAUGCACGAAAAAUGAAAAAGGAAUACAUUUUUUUACACGAAGAGAUCUUCGAGAAGUAUGAAUUUGUAAGAAAUUUUGCGCAUGCUGAUACAUUUUUGACAGUUAUACAUAAUAAAAGGAUGAAACCCCUGAGAGGAUUGAAAAUUGUAAAAUAAUGUUCGUCGAAAUUGAAAAUCUGAUGAUUAAUAUUUCGGGGACGUAAUAAACUUGCGAGUAAUUAAUUUUGCAAUUACGAAUGUGAUUAAACUUGGUUAGAGUUUCGCAUACCUUCUCACAUCGUGAAGAUAUACAGAAGAGGGGAGGAAAUUUGUUCAACCGUUUGCCAGAUGAAAGCAAUUUAUUUUACAUCGGUAUUCAUAUCUACUCGGAGCAAGUAGAUAAAGACAAACAACAGCAUUCAAAUAGCCACGGAUCGAAUAAUCCGUUAAUCGCGAUUAGCGCAAUCUCCCUUUCGAUGACAAGGCCGAUUCUGACAUUGCAUCGAUAAUUUGAAGAGCAAUCAAGAUCUUGGUUAGAGUUUCCCGUAUCUUCCCAAGUCGUAUCCGUUAAUUAGACUGAAAUUUGUCUCAUCCUUCAAUUACCAGCAUUUCAGCCUGUCGUUGAAGAGAUGUCAUACCCUUUGAAUUACAAUCACCAUGAUCGGAGCGCGAUCGAUGAAAUUUGGAUUAAUCCUAUACUUGGUUCGGAGCAUGCGGAAGAUGACAGAAGAUAGGAUUAAAAUGGACGAGGAACAGGAUACACAACGUUCGACCGGGACGACGUCAUCACCGAUGACGAUGACAGCUCACCUUAACGUUACCCGGUAUAUGGUACCUCAGGGCCAGGGCCUGCAGCUCCUUGUAGGACAGUUGCGUGAUAUCACCGCCGACGUUCAUGAUGCUCUUAUGUAUGGCGGAAUUUCGUCUGCUUCGUCGCUCACCCAAACGGAUUUCGAAUUCGAGCCGACUGACUUUUAGCGCGAAACGUCGUAAAAUGUGGGUCCUCGCGAUAGGACCACGACACUAUUAAAUUGGCACGAUUGAACGCUACCAUCCAGACCAAUCGGCGAAGCUAUUGAUUUGUUGGUUCGCGAAAUCAAAAUAUUAUUGAUCGACACCUUGGUGAAUUUGCCUCGAUCGGAGCCACCAAUCCCGACCGCGAAAAUACCUCUAGAAUUGGAAUUUGGAAAGGGAAGAAAGCAAAAUAUGAAGAUAUAUGAAGUGACUCGAAGUUUCCACUGAGCCGUCAGUACCGAGAGCUGUCGAAGAUCGUCGCACUUGCGCGCUGAGAAAACGACGUGCGACACGCUUUUCCGACGAACCCCCAGCUUCAGUGUGACAUCGGCGUGUCCGUAGCUACCAGUAACAGUAGCAGCAGCAUCAGCAACAGAGCAGCCCACGACGAGUAUCCCUCUUGCGCAGCAUCCGCAACUGCGUUGCGAUCUCUCACCCCGCUCUCUCUCUCCGUGCAUGAACGGAGCUCCUCAUCGGGAAGUGUGUCUCGGAAUGCGUCGCGCAGAUCAGUGGUGGUGAAAUCGAAUCCCGAUAAUCCCGUUCUGCCGCCAAUAUAUCAAGGAGAGGCCGAGCAGGAAGUGUUGUGCGGGCUUGCUGGCCGAUGAAGGCGCGUAAGAGCCGCGACAAAAAAGGAGAACUUGAAGGACUCGGGGACGUUUUAGGGAGCUCCGGGGGCGCCGUAGCCCUUGGCGGCCGACACAGACCGGAGGAGCUCGCCACUCUCGCGGCCACCACCAGGUUCUCGCGGAAAGAGAUCCAGCUGAUCUACCGGGGCUUCAAGCAGGAGUGCCCGAGCGGCCUGGUCGACGAGGAUGCCUUCAAAAAGAUCUUUUCGCAGUUCUUCCCGCAGGGAGACGCAAGUCAGUAUGCUCACUACGUUUUCAACACCAUGAAGAGGAAACCAUCGGGGAAGAUAAGCUUCGAGGAAUUCCUCACCAUACUGUCAAAGGUGUCGAGGGGCUCGGUUGAAGAGAAGUUACAGUGGGUAUUCGGACUGUACGACCUGGACGGCGAUGGUCUAAUAAGUAAAGAGGAGAUGCUGGACGUCGUGGGAUCCAUCUACGAGAUGUUGGGUCGUUACACGCAGCCGCAAAUUCUCGAGCCGCACGUGGCCGCUCGCGAACACGUCGAUCGCAUUUUCCAUUUGAUGGACGCAAAUAAAGACGGCGUGGUGACCAUCGAAGAGCUGGUGCAGUGGUGUUCCAAGGACGAGCAAUUAUUGCGAAGUCUCGACACUCUGGAUACCGUAUUAUGAGAUCUUAACUUAUUAUCGGAAAUUCCAGUAUUGGAUUAUCAAUUACGCUUUGAGCAAUGAUUACGAGGAUUUCACGUAAAGUAAAUCUUUUCGUGAAUCUUUGCAUCGAUUUACCCGUCUCUCUUUAUGCGAAUAAUACGCUACACAAAUUAUAUCAGUGAUUAUAAAUGAUUGCGCAUAGGAAAGAUGAUAAAACUCGAUCGAGAGGGUUUAAAGAAUCUUAUAGAAAGGGGAAACAAAAAUUCAAUUAAAUUUCUUCGUGAAUCGCGAAUUUAUAAUUUACAGGCAUAAUGUAAAACGCAGUAAUUCAAAGUGUUGUUUGUUGCAAGGAAAAAUCAAACGCGAGAAGUCAGAGUGUUAUUGUUUGAAACAUGUCUUUACGCAAAGACGCUGGAGAACUUUCGCACGUCUCUUUUGUAAAUAUGUAUGUACCCGGUUUACACACAUCUACCCAGUCUUUCAUACAAUACUUCCGGUACGUCACUCAAGGAUAGAUCUGAAAGAACAUUUUAAGGACACUUUAAAUCGCCUUUGAAAUUUCUUGAAGCUUCACAGCUUUGGAAAUUUUGAAAAAAAAAGUUAUAUAUGAAAAAUAUCAAAUUUAUAUAUUAU